AGUGUUGGCCAGCGUCAACCACUCUGAACCAGACUGCGCCGGUUACUCGCCGUGGUCUCGGGUGCAGGGGGCCCACUUCUCCCGACUUCCCUCGCUCCGUGAGAUGCCAUGUCUCGGUGCCCCCACGCGCGCGCAAAACAAGCCGACGACCCGAACCAAACGCCAAGCCAACCACCCCCCCCCCCCCGCGCCCAAUCAACGGCGAAAGGUAACAGCUCACGCUUCCGCCUCCCCACUCCUUUGUCUUUCUGUCGACAGGCGACGCAACCGAGGCUCUCAAGGCGUCCACCCACCACCCAUCGUCCCAACUCUGCCCCUCGCUCCCCCGCGCCGUUGACGCCCUCUUCCGCCAGCCUCCGUGCUACGCGGGGGCAAUUACGUAAUCUCCGACGGCACCGCAUGUCCCCGGUGCGCCUCGUCCUUAUCCCAUCGUCGCAACCGAAAGCAAAUUUUACUCCCCAUCAUCGCCCCCCUCCCGCCCCUCGAUGAUUCCCCCCGUCAACCCACCCGCCCGUCCCCCAAAACCAACGGCGGUGAUGCCCCGUCGCCUCGAUGGACCCCGCUUCCCGUCCUCCACUGACGCCGUCCCAUCACACGCCCCCACCCUACCCGCGCGAACGUCGGCGCACGCGUCCGCCCGGCGACUCCCAACCCUCCCUCGCACGCCCCUCACGUGCCACGCCUCGCCUCGCCAGCCGGCGCCCCCUCCUCGCCGCUCUCUCUCCCCCUCUCAACCCCACUCUUUUAUUGCUCCUCUCUUCCCCCUCCUCCCUUUCCGUCGCCAACACGCCAAGGGAGGGGGAGACGAAUUAGAGAGAGAAUAGGUUUGGAUCUGAGAUAGAUCUGAGUAUUUGGUGGUGAUGGAGGGUAGGGAGACGCCUCCGACGCGGCCGCCGAACCCGGCGUUGCCGUACCGGGAGGACUGCUGGAGCGAGGGGGAGACGUCGACGCUGGUGGACGCGUGGGGUGACCGCUACCUCGAGCUCAAACGCGGGAACCUCCGGCAGAAACACUGGCAGGACGUCGCCGACGCGGUCAACUGCCGCCGGGGUGCCUUCGGCCGCCGCCCGCCCCGCACCGACGUCCAGUGCAAGAACCGCAUCGACACCCUCAAGAAGAAGUACAAGAUCGAGAAGGCCCGGGUCACCUCCGCCUUUGCCAGCCAGUGGCAGUUCUUCUCCCGCCUCGAUGCCCUCAUUGGAUCGGCCGCCGCUCCCCCGGCGAAGAAGCCCUCUCCAUCACCCCCGCUCGCCGUGCCGCUCCCCUACCAUCGCAAGGGCUCCACCUUGCCAUUUGCUGCCGCCGCAGCAGUCCGACCGGUGGACCCGAGGGAGAGGCGCGGUGCGGCAAUCUCCAUCUCCGUGGACGACUCGAUCUUCCAGCGGGCUGCCGCCGCCGCUGCAGCGGCAGGGGAUGACAACGACGAGGAUGAUGAUUUGGAGUCGCCGUCAGGUUCUUCGUCCAGGUCUGGAGGUGGAUUGCGAAUGGCUCGGGGGAAAGAGGGGGAUGGGAUCCGUGAGCUGGCGAAGGCGAUAGAGAGGUUUGCUGAGAUAUACGAGAGGGUCGAGGGGGCGAAGCAGCGGCAAAUGAUGGAGAUGGAGAAGAAGCGGAUGGAGUUCGCCAAGGAGCUGGAGUUCCAGCGGAUGCAGAUCUUUGUGGAUUCACAGGUCCAGCUUGCAAAGAUUAAGCGUGCCAAGCGAUCAGAUGCUGGGUUGGGUCUGACUAUGUACCAAUCUUGGUCUUGUACUUGAUUCUUCUUUUGUCCCUUGAUAACUGGAGCAGCACCUACACAAGCGCUGAUGCAAUCAUAAUUGAAUCGCCCUUGUUCAAACUCUGUGCUGGUUUAUGUUUUGUUCAAGUUGUAUCAGUGAUAGGUUUGGCUGAUAUUAAGUUUAGACGAGCCCCCCUCACCCCCCCUCCUCCAGUUGACUUGAGCUAAAACGACAUGAUAUUGAUUGUGUCAAAUGAGUCCAGUCCAGCCUUUGUGCAAUCAUCAAAGAUUCCGCUACAUAUGACAAUGAAGUAUCUCUUAUUUUCUCAUUCCAUUGACCUUAAACCGCAGCAAUUUCUGUGAAUAUAUCUGAAAAGGUUAAUCUCCUUAGAAACUGUCUCCCAGUUCAUUCUAAUGGCCUCUUAUAAUCGAUCUUUUGGAAGUUGGUCUUAGAAAAGUUGCUUUUCUGAUUAACAUCCUCUUCUUGUCAUGCUAUGUGGCAAAUUCUAUUUACUAGUCUAACUAGCUUUGUCAUUGAGAUUUUUCCUAGAUUGCCAAAAUGUUACCUCCGCCUCAUGAAAGCAAGUUCAUGCAACUCUUUUGCUUGUUGUUAGAACCAAAUUUGAUAGUAUCUCACUUGUUUUAGAUGAAAAGCAGAACAGUCCUAGUGGCAAAGGUAUAACAGGAACAUUGUUUAAUGUUCAUGACAUUUUUCUCGGGCUUCUUGUGUGCUGAUGGAUGUGCAUGUCUCUGUGUGUCACAAUGUGCUCUUCUGUUGCAAUCAACCAUGUAUUUUAUGUGAUUGUUUCUCUCAUGUUUUUGUUUCUGAAUCUUGAACACUUUAGCUAACCUACCAUUGCCAGUAGUUAUCUGUUUUAUUUAAGGCAGACCAUAGAAUAUGAAUGUCUGAGUUUUAACAAAGGCUAGUUAGUGAUGGAUAUGGCUAUGUUCUGUGUGACCUUUCCUGCAUCAUAUUUGCAGUGGUUCUAGCAUUACUGGGUAAUGAUGGUCCAGUCAUUCUUUAAUUGAAUAACAUAUAUUAUUUCUACGUAUCUUUCACAAUAUCCUGUUACCUUGGUAUCACAGAAUGCUUUCACGAUUUCCAAUUGCCUAUGCUUCCCGACAUCCAAGCAAUUUAAGUAUUUUCUCAUUGUUUUUUAGGAUUUUUUUUUUCCAAUUAGUCCCAUGUUCUAAAGAAUCUAAAACUAUUGUCUUUUUAUAUUUG